AUGUUGAACGAAUUAGCAAGGAAAAUAGACUUCCAUAGUGAGAGAGAAAAGCCCCGCAAGCGAAUAAUUGUUAGUACAGGCAAUACAUCACGGGUCUGUGGGCAGGAUCGCAAACUCAAGAAUUCCUUCGUACCAUACCAUUCAAGUCAUCUUGAUUCGUGCGAGGAUACCAAGCGCUUUAUUUGCUCUACUAACUCUCUAAUACCAGUUCUCUUUACACGAUGCUUCACCAGAAUAUAUUUUGAGAAAUUAAGCCCUCAUGAAGCACCUGGAGGAAUUUGGGUUGUUCUUACAGUAAUUAGCGGAGAAAAAGAAAUGUUUAACUCACAAACUAGUGAGUCCUUUGAAAGAAAUCAUCGUAGUUUGACUGUUGUUCUAGCUUAUUUUGUCACUCAAGAAUUAAUCGACAAAAUAAAUGAUUGUAACUUCGAUAAUUCGUCAUGGAGAAGUGGAUGGGAUUAA